AUGGGAAGGACCGUGCCUAACGUGAGUCUGGACUUUGGUCCAGGCCGCGGAUACGGUCAGGUUCCUCCUGGCAGGGACUCUCCUCCUGCACUCACCACUGACGGACAUCCCAUUGGCUCUCCAGUCCACUCAGUUCCUCGAGGCAGGGACUCUCCUCGUGUACUCGCUGAUGCCGGAUCUCUCGGUUCUACUUUCAGCUUUGACGGCUCUUCUCUCAGCUCUCUUUUCAACUCUCCUCUCGGCUCUCCAGCAGCCCCUCCCCAUGAUGAAACUGAACAGCUGACAAACGGGGAAAUGGAAGCCGACGAUGGAUCUCCUCUUGGCUCUACACUCAGCUCUCCAGUCCACUAUGUUCCUCCUGGCAGGGACUCUCCUCCUGCACUCACCACUGACGGACAUCCCAUUGGCUCUCCAGUCCACUCAGUUCCUCGAGGCAGGGACACUCCUCGUGUACUCGCUGAUGCCGGAUCUCUCGGCUCUACUUUCAGCUUUGACGGCUCUUCUCUCAGCUCUCUUUUCAACUCUCCUCUCGGCUCUCCAGCAGCCCCUCCCCAUGAUGAAACUGAACAGCUGACAAACAGGGAAAUGGAAGCCUUGUUGACUGCCCGUAGUAAUGUCUCGAAAGCUGAAGCUCUCCUCAUGCUAAUGAGUUACAUUGCAAAACAUAACAUCACAGGUGUCCAGCUCACUGAUCAACCAAUUAUUUGGUCAUGAGGUCCUGCCUAGGUCUAAGUAUCUCUUCAACAAAGUUUUCAAUGAACAAUCCAAAGACAUCUCUUUCCAGAUAUAUUGUCAACAAUGUAAACAUCUCAUUGGCACAAGUCAUGAAAUCACUAACAGAAAACAUUGUGUAACUUGUGGGACUGCCUUUGAAACAGAUGAAACUGAACGGUGGUAGCUUCUUCCUCAGCUUACCUUUAGACUCGCAGAUCCAGGCCUUUCUUGAAAACAGUGAUGUGUCCAGUCAUUUGAAUUAUCGUUUCAUUAGAACAAAGAGUAAUCAUUUGUGAUGGUGUGAAAUACAAGGCACUUGCAGGGCCGGGUGAAAUCCUCUCUAACCCAAAUAACUUGUCCUAUACAUUUAAUUCAGAUGGAUCACCUUUGUUUAAGUCUGCCAAAUUUUCUAUGUGGCCAAUUCAUAUUAUGAUCAAUGAACUUCCGCCUGCAAUGAGGUCAAAACACUUGAUUUUAGCAGGCCUGUGGUGUGGACCCUGUGAGCCGUUGAUGGAAAUUUUUCUCAAGCCUUUCGUAGAACAAGCAAAGAAACUGGCAAAUGUUGGUGUAACUUGGAGAAAUCAAGGUGAGCUUGUCAAAAGCAAAUUAGUUGGCCUUUGUUGUAGUGUCGAUUCCAAAGCAAGGCCACAGAUGCUGAAUACGACCCAGUUCAAUGGCUACUAUGGCUGCAGCUUUUGUUUGCACCCGGGAGAAAUAGUGGGGAGAGUCAUCAAGUACCCGGUCUCUGCUGAUUCUUAUGAAGACCGCACAAAUGAGAUGAUGCUACAGGACAUGGAGUUGGCUGUCAGAACUGGCAGAACUGUCAGAGGUGUUAAAGGUCCAACACCACUGAUAAAUUUGCCUUACUUUGAUGUUGUUUGGGGCUUUGUACCUGACUAUAUGCAUGCCACAUUACUGGGAGUUUCAAGGCAAAUUACAAAACUUUUAGUUGACAGUACGUCCUGCCGAGAACCGUACUAUGUCGGUAGUCCUGCCAAGUUGAGGGUGAUUGAUGCCAGAAUUGUGUCAAUCAAACCACCGCAUUUGAUCACUAGACUUCCUAGGAAAUUGUCUGACCGAAUUCACUGGAAAGCGACAGAAUGGCGGAAUUGGCUCUUGUUUUAUUGUGUUCCAUGUUUGAGUGGGUUUUUGCCAAAACAGUACUUGGGAAACUUGUGUCUGUUAGUGUCUGCUCUCUUUCUUCUUUUGCAAGAUCAGAUUUCUUCAGAUGACAUCGGCAAAGCCGAAACUUUACUCCUGGAAUUUACAUACAGGUUUCAAAUGUUGUAUGGUGAGUCAGAAAUGACAUUCAAUGUUCAUUUGCUCAGUCAUCUCGGAAAGUCUGUGAGAUUGUGGGGUCCGUUGUGGGCUCAUUCAGCCUUUCCUUUUGAGAGUGCAAAUGGCUCUCUGCUGAAAUUAGUCUCAGGAACAAAGGCAGUUGCCCAGCAGAUAGCCAAUAAGUACCUGGCAUACAGCUCAAUUCCAAGCUUUGCUUUGAAGUACUCAAAAGAUCAAGUGUCUGUGCAAAAAUGAACAAUUUUCCAACCGUUAAGAAAGCUGUCAGAUGUGAUGACUGUGUACUUCUUGAUAAUGGCAUGGUCCACAUACCUAGUCCAGAAGAGCAGCUUUUGUUAGCUGGCUACGGGUUGUGUCCUCUGAAUGAAGUUGUUGUUCAUAAAAGGAUGCUAAGACAUGGCUUGAUAUUCACAAGUAAGGAAUAUACACUGUCUCGAAGACGGAAGGAAUGUUAUGUCGAACUAACCAGUGGUAGGUGUGGAGAAAUUGAAAAGAUUAUAUAUCUACCCAAUGAUGAUGUGGUGCUGAUUUUUAAGCCAUUUUAUGUGGUCCAUGCUUUCCCAUUGUUGCAUCCAUAUGGCUUUGUUCCACAUAUCAAACUGGUUGAUCAUUUUGAGCCUUCCACACUUGUGCCAGUGGAACACCUCAAAGGUAAACGCAUGUGCUUUUCAGUGAGUGACAACCAAUACAUGUGUUCCUUUCCAAACACUCAUGAAAGAGACUGAAAGCGAAUUCUGUGACCCAAAGUUGAGGUUACCAUGUUACCAGUUGUCUCAUGCCCCUCUUAGUUGGCCAUGCAAAUUGUGGGCUGACCUGGACUGCCUAGUAUCUGCCUUUGCGUCUGGCGGGGCCUGGCUUGUGCUUCAUGGUUGGAUCUUGCGCCUGGCAGACCAGCCUGGGCAGCCCUUCUGCCUUUCAGGCUUGGUCUUUGCGUCUUGCGGGGCUUUGUCCUGAUUGGCAUGUAUAUAGUGUACAUUUGUAAAUAGUUUGUUGGUUGUAUCAGAUUAGAUUAGAU